GUCUAAGAUAGCACCAUUGUUAAACGCUGCGAGAACCUGUCUGGCCAGUGCCCCAUUCCUCGAGAGUCUCUACAAACAUCAUUUGAUUAACGGGAACCACGAAGCCAAAGACGUCAUUUUUCACGCGGUCCUUUAUCAUACUGAGGCAUAUAGAAAUGGGAAUUGGUCGAAACCCGCCUUGCACAGAGGCUGUAGCGCCUCUGGUAAUUUUGGAGUUUUCUGUUAUGGCAAAGGAAUAUUCGAGGCCUACUCGGUAGCGGAAGAUAAAUAUUUUGAUAUAGCACGUUGUCCUGAAUGUGUUCUGUCGGUUCAUUUGGU